AUGAAACCAUCAUCUGGUGCAGCAGGUUUUAACACAAAUGACGAUUUAGAACGAAUAAUUGCUGCCGACACUCUUCCCGGUGUACCAUAUAUAUCGGAGACUACCAACGGUAGAACUAGAGCCCAACGACACAUUGGCCGCUAUCGUCAAGCGACUUCAAGUAACAUUAAUGCUAUGAGGCAACAAAGCAUACCAACUGUCUCAUCAACUAUCGAUCGUCCUAACAACGUGUAUAAUAAUAGGCAACGACAAGAAGAAGCUGACCACCUGCUUGCCUUACAAAUGUCAACCAAUAGUUAUGUUAACUAUAGCGGACAACAACCAAACAUAGAUAGAAGACUACAAGGAGAAAGAGAAAGAAGACAACAACAAGAAAGGGAUAGAAGACAACAACAAGAAAGGGAUAGAAGUCAACAACAAGAAAGAGAUAGAAUACAACAAGAAAUAGAUAUAAUACAACAACAACGACGAAUUGAAAGAAAUAGAAGACAUCAAGAAGAAAUAGAUAGGAUACAACAACAACAACAACAACAAGAAAUAGAUAUAAUACAACAACAACAAGAUGAAAUAUAUAGAAUAGAACACGAAAGAGGGAAUCACUUAAACGUCGGCACAUGUGGUUUUAUAAGUAAGUGA